AUGGCAGAUAAUACUUGUUUGAAUGGUUUGGAGGCAGCCAUCAAAAGACUCAACGCCACAAUGAAAACAUUCAUGGAAAAGGAAGAUGUACGUUAUGCUGAGUAUAAGAUGUUACGCACAACUAAUGCCUUGCGUUUGGACCGCGUUGAGGAGCAAUUGGUUGCACUUAAAGUGAGCUAUGCUUCUAAUGGUGAUUUGGACUCAUUUCUGCAAUCUCCAGAGAAUCAAUCGUUGGUGAUUCUUACAAGAAUGACUGACCAACCGCAAGAAGAGAUCGAUGAUUCUGAUCUCCUCGAUGUUGAGGUAUUGACUACCCCAUACACGACUGCUGAGACGAGUACUCUUUCAGAAGCUUUAAGUGAAACUUUAUUAGUUGUUGAUGCUUCUAACCUGAGUAGUGAUCGAGUCAUUGAGCCAUCGAUUUCCAAUUUUUAUGCGGUUUCCACAAUCAAAGGUUUUAUUCCUUCCAUUGUCGGACACGAUUGUUAUAGCAAGGAGAAGACAACAACCGAAGUCGAUAGCAAGCGACCGGGGUCUUUAACGGUGAUUGUCAGAAGGAAUUUCAGUCCCGUUGUGAUGCUUACCCUGCCUAUGAUUCCUUUAUUGGAUCCAUAUGACUUAGUCUUCAUUCUGCCGCCGCCGCUCGCACCACCAUGGCUACAUCACUCACUUUACACAAGACCGCUUAAAUCAUUAACCUCAAUCAAGGAAAUGGGUUAACAGCAAAAGUAAACCAAUUCAAGUUUCUGGAAGUGCUAAACAUGAGCUAAACAUGAGCUCAAGUUCUAAUUAUGGGAAAAUUCUACUAUCAAUUUCCCUCUGAUAAAUCUGAGUUUGGUUUUGC